AUGGCGAGUGUGGCACAGGUCCUGCGACGCAAUCUUGCGGUGGCGCCGCGCAUGGCACUGCGCGCGCCUGCGGUGUGCCGUGCCUCCCCCGCGGCACCGCUUGCGACCCGGUUUCUGCAUACAACACGGCCUUCCUUGCACGAAGGCAUUACGCGCCCCGAGCCAGGGACAGGGAUCAAGAUCAACUUUAAGGACUCGAAUGGGAACCCCAUCAAGACCGUCGAGGCGAACGAGGGCGACGACCUGCUGAGCAUUGCGCACGAGUACGACAUCGACCUCGAAGGCGCCUGCGAGGGCUCGAUUGCCUGCUCGACGUGCCACGUCAUCCUCGACGAGGACGCAUACUACCAUCUCGAGGAGCCCGGUGAUGACGAAAACGACAUGCUCGACCUCGCCUUUGGCCUCACCGACACGUCGCGCCUCGGCUGCCAGGUCAAGGUCGAAAAGGCGCUCGACGGCCUCAACGUACAGCUCCCCGCAGCGACGCGCAACAUGUACGUGGACGGCGCCAAGCCGGGUCAUUAG